UGGCAGCCUGCACAGAUUUUUGGCGCAUAAUCUUGGCGUCUUCAUCCUGAUUUUAGCGGACCUUUUCAUUCAUUUGGAGGCCGAAAUCAUGUCCAAGAAGUUGAACACAAGUGUGGGGGGAACGCCCACAAACACACUGUUUAAUUAUUUCACCAAAUCACCGGCUGUCGACAAAAAGCUGACGCCUAGCGUAAAAACCGAACCAGACACCACCACCGAAAAGGAGAAUCUCAAGAAUGCCCAACCGAAAGUGGAGAAAGCAAAAGAGGCAUCCAAGCCAGCGGCCAAGCGGAAGCUGCCCAUGUCCGAGGGUUCAGGAGAUGAGCAGGAUGGCCAACGCAAGCGAAAGCGCAUCGUCCAACCCGAAUCGGAGAGCGAGGAGGACAUGGAGGUCACCAAAUCUGAGGAGGACUUCUCGGAGGGCGCCUCCGACUACGAGCCAGAUGCCAAUGAGGACAGUGACGAUAGCGUUAGCAGCGGAGAGGACGAAGUCGAGGAGCCCAGCGAAAUGGACACAUCCGUGGACAGUCCCGUGGUGAAGAAGUCGCACAAGAAGUCCAAGAACAUCAAUAUCAACAAUAAUAACAUAGAGCCCUCCAGCAAGAAGGUUAAACUGGAGACGACCACUACUCCGCAGUUGGCCGAGGGCACCACCUUCCAGGAGAAACUCAAGAACCUGCAAAGUAAUGCCAAAAAGGAUGCCGCCUACGAUGAUAUAGUUACCAGCACCUCGAACCUGGACGAGCCUGUGGUUUGGCCCCAUCAGAAACUGGAGUUCCUGCAGCCCGACAAAAUCAAGGACAAGGCGGGACGGCGGCCAGAUCAUCCGGACUACGAUUGCAGCACUUUGCAUGUGCCGGAGAAGUUCCUCAACAGCCUGUCCCCGGGUGUUCGCCAGUGGUGGGUUCUCAAGUCGGACAACUAUGACUGCGUGCUGUUCUUCAAGGUGGGCAAAUUUUAUGAGCUUUACCACGGCGAUGCAGAUGUUGGCGUUAAUGAGCUGGGCUUCACCUACAUGCGGGGCGAGUUUGCCCAUUCGGGAUUCCCGGAGAUAUCUUUUGAUAAGAUGUCCACCAUCCUCAUAGACAGGGGAUACAAGGUGGCUCGCGUGGAGCAAACAGAGACACCAGACAUGAUGACCGAACGCUGCAAGCGAAUCAAGCCCACCAAGUUCGACAAGGUUGUGGCCCGUGAAAUCUGUCAAAUCACCAAUCGCGGCACUCAGGUCUUUGGUUCCCAGUGCCAGAUCGGACCGAAUCAUCAACCUAAUUAUAUGCUGGCCCUGGUCGAGCAGGACGAGGGCACUUGGAGUCGCUACGGUGUGUGCUUCAUAGACACCUCCAUUGGAGAUUUCCACCUGGGCGAGUUUGAGGAUGAUAAAAACUGUUCCCGGCUGCUGACUCUGCUUUCGCACCAUAUGCCUGUUUUGCUCCUCAAUGAGAAAUCCUCGCUGAGUCAACGUUCUCAGCAAAUUGUGCGCACAGUUCUUGGUGGCAUCCUCAGGGAGCAACUGCCCAGCAAUGGACCGCAAGGCUGCAAUGCCGAGAAGACCCUCAAGCUCUUGGCAGAGCGUUAUUACGCCGGCAAGGCAGAUGGUUCCGAUGACAACUGGCCUCUGGUGCUACGCACCAUGCAGUCGGAUUUGGAUCACUUGGGUCUCACGCCGAAUGAGGAUUACAAGCUAGCCCUGAAGGCCCUUGGUCAGUGCAUAUUUUUCAUACACAAAUGCAAGCUGGAGCCAAAGGUACUGCCUAUGGCGCGAUAUCAGCUCUAUGUGCCGCCCGAUCAAAUAGCAGAGGAUGCCAGGCAGGAUAUUAAGCCAAGGGCCUCCACCUUGAGGCGUUCCCACAUGGUGCUAGAUGCCACAACGCUGUCCAAUCUGCGGAUUAUUGGUGAGGAUCACUCCCUGCUAUCUACGUUGGACCAUUGCUGCACCAAGUUCGGUAAGCGUCUGCUCCACCACUGGCUAUGUGCUCCCAGCUGUGAUGUGGCUGUGAUCGAAGAGCGUCAAGAGGCCGUUGGAGAGCUGAUCCGCAUGUCCAGUGAGCUGCAGGAGAUGCGAGCCCUGCUAGCACCCAUGCCAGAUUUUGAGCGGAAUCUGGCACAGAUUCACCUGUUUGGCAAUAAGCAAAUCAAGGAUAUGAAUCAUCCCGAUUCCCGGGCCAUUCUCUUCGAGGAGAAGCUGUACAACAAGCAGAAGUUGCGUGGCUUUAUAAGCGUUCUUAAUGGAUUCAAAUCGCUUACCAAGCUGCCCAUGAUUUUCCAUCAAUGCGAAUCUGCACUUCUCAAGAGGAUCACCCAGUUACCCGAGUCUGGAGGCACAUUUCCCGAUCUUAGCAAGGAACUAAAGUACUUUGAAACCGCCUUUGAUCACGAAGCAGCAGCCAAGACAGGUGUGAUUGCCCCACAAGCCGGUAUGGAUGCGGAGUACGACUCGGCUAUGGAUGCCAUAGAGGCUAUAGAGGGGCGCCUGAAGACCUAUCUGGUGGAGCAGGAGCGGCACUUUGGCUGCCGCGUCACCUACUUUGGCAGCGAUAAGAAGCGCUACCAGUUGGAUGUGCCAGAAACUCAUGCCAACAAGGCCAACAAAUCCUAUUCCUUGGAGGGACAGACCAAGGGCAAGAAGCCUUCACGUCGCUACACCACGGCUGAGACACGAGCUUUGCUUAAAGAUAUGCAGCACGCGGAGGAUACACGAAAUAUGGUGCUUAAGGACUUGGCGCGUCGCCUCUUUGAAAAGUUCUCCAAUCAUUACGAACAGUGGAAGCAGUGCAUCGAUUGUGUGGCCAAUUUGGAUGUCCUCGGCUCCCUGGCGGAGUAUGCCGGACAACAGAUUACCAUUUGUGUGCCAGAGCUGGUAUCUGGCGCGGAUCAGCCAUUCAUACAACUGGAAGAGGGCUAUCAUCCGUGUGUAAAUGCCUCCACAUACAUACCCAAUGGCCUGGAGUUGGGCACUGAAAAGGAGGCGCCUCUGUCCCUACUCACCGGUCCCAAUAUGGGCGGUAAGAGUACACUGAUGAGGGAGCUGGGGUUGCUGGUUAUCAUGGCGCAAAUUGGAGCUCACAUUCCCGCUACUAGCUGCCGCCUGUCGCUGGUGGACAGAAUCUUUACGCGAUUGGGCGCCCAGGAUGACAUCCUAGCCGGGCACAGUACCUUCCUCGUGGAGCUGAAUGAAACCUCGCUGAUUCUCAAGCAUGCCACCUGCCAUUCGCUGGUCCUGCUUGACGAACUAGGAAGGGGAACAGCCACCUAUGAUGGCACUGCCAUUGCCGCCUCGGUGGUCAACUUCCUGGCCAAUCUCAAGUGUCGCACUUUGUUCUCCACGCAUUAUCAUAAUCUGAUUGAUUUCUUCCACAACGACAAGCGGAUCACACUGGGUCAUAUGGCCUGCAUGGUGGAGAACGAAGACAAUGCAGAUCCCACCCAAGAAACGGUUACAUUCCUCUACAAGUACACAGCCGGUGCCUGUCCCAAGUCGUAUGGCUUCAAUGCAGCCAAGCUGGCGGGCAUGCCACAUGGCAUCAUCAAGCGUGCCUAUGAGCUUUCCAAGAAAGUGGAAGCCAUAGCCUUGCAGCGCAAGAUUACGGCAAAGAUUGUGGCCGCAGCGGCAGGUAAAGAUGAGGGAUUAAAGAAGGAAAAACUAAAUGUUUUAAAAGAUUUGAUGCAGCAGCUAAAAAUGUGUCAUGUUUAAUGGAUUAAAAUAUUGCUCCUCUUGAGGCUAUGCAGAUAUUAUGAGGAUUUGUACUUACAGGAGGUAAUUUUCCUUUGAAUUUCGUUUUGAUUAAAACAAUUUUGAAUUUCACUAAUUUCCCAUAAGGCAGCCCCGCUGCCCUUUGAAGUAUACGUUGCUUUCAAGCUUAUUUUCAGUAUUUUCUUGAUGAAUCCAAUUUUCACACAUUUUUUUGUCUAGCCUAAAAUAUUCUUUUUGGUGCCAUUCCCAGUAAAAAUUCGGUUUCCAAUUGA